AUGGGCCCAAAUGCUGGCAACGGCGUGGGCGGAAUGGAAAUGGGGCCUAUGAUGCAGGGCAACGGCUCCAACCUGCCCCAGGCCACCGAAUAUACCCUCCAGGGCGUCAUGCGCUUCCUGCAGACAGAAUGGCACCGACAUGAGCGCGAUAGGAACACGUGGGAGAUUGAGAAGCAGGAGAUGAAGGGCCGCAUUGCCAACCUCGAGGGUCAGGCGCGGAGGGCUGAUGCCACACAGCGCGUGCUUAGGAAGUACGUUACCAUGCUGGAGCGCAAGGUUAAGGAGCAGACGGCUCAGCUCCAGGGGCAGGAGGCUGUCGAUGCGGAAACGGCUGCUAAAAACGACCGCGCUGCAAAGAUCCAGGAGAAGUUAAGAUCUACUUUGGAGGAUAUGCCCGUUCCCGGUGUCGAUGGUGUUAACUACGAGAAGCUCGAUCGAGGUGACGAGGAGGCUCAGCGACAGGAUCUCAAGACCUUCCUCGACCAGUGCCAAUCCGAAUUUAUGUACCUUAUGAUUACCCCCGCAAACCCGCAACCGCCUCGAGAGUCUCCCCCGCUACCGAUUAUGGAGGAUCUGCGAGAGGUUGAGGCAUUUGGCAUGCCCGCGCCCCAACCUAUGGAGCGGCAGUUUCAGCUACCCACGCGAAGUGCUCAAAACCAUGUCCAGGAGAUGAACUCUAGAAUGCCCCAGCAGAACCACGUACCUCAUCAACAGAACCAGCAACAGCACUUUACUCAAAAGCAGCAAGAACUACAGCCUCAACCCAUGGUUCGUUCUUCGGCCGAACACCCCCCUGUUAUGUACCAGAACAACAACGACUGGCCCGCCCCUGUAUCUGUAACCUCUCGACCGGUUGAAGAACAAGUUACUCCGGCAAACCAUGCAGCAGAAGUUUUAGGUGGAAUGGAGGAUUCUGCCGAGCUUAGAGAGAAGCACUCUGUGCCACCAGAGACAGACGGGUGGGACUUCCCGGAGGGUACAUUCCCCGAACCUGGGAACUCUCAAUCUAACCAGUCUCAACCAAACAGGCCCGAUACCGAUGCCUUCCCUGCUGCCGAUAACCUGCCUAAAUCCCCGACCCGACGAGAUAGCUCUCACCGAAGGAAAGGGUCCAUGUCUCGACGACGGAGUGCCGACCAUGAACUAGCUUUGGCUGCGCAAAAGGCUGAGAGUGGUAACUUCAAGCUCAGAUUCGGAUUACGGGGCCAUCUUGAUACUGUUCGGACAAUUAUAUUCUCUGGGGGCGGUAGUCCAGGAGAGCCAGAAAUCUGUACUGGUGGAGACGAUGGUAUGAUCAAGCGUUUCCACAUUCCUAGGUUAGACGGCCAUGCUGGAAGUCUUGCGCACACAGCUUCGGAUCUUGAUGUCACAGCCAACUUUACGCAUCGCGGUCACUCAGGAGGCAUUCUCUGCUUGACAUCGUGGUCUCCUUCGCCAAACUUCUCGACUGGAGGUCGCGCAACUGGCGACGGCUGGAUAUUCUCUGGCGGCCAAGAUGCGACUAUUAGAGUUUGGGAACGCGGAAGGGUUGAUCCCAAGGCGACUCUCGAAGGCCAUACAGAUGCUGUGUGGGCAAUUUGUGUCCUCCCAGCAACUCUUGGUCAAAUAUUUGGAAGCUCAAGUCCUUAUGGCAACACUGAUCGCAUCUUGGUUGUGUCUGGUGCUGCAGACGGCAGUGUUCGUUUGUGGUCAGUCAGCGCACCUCCUCAGCUGAGCUCACCACAGCCUGGAACAAACCGAGCCAUGACUGGCCGUGGAGGUAGAGUCCGUGGCAACUCGAUGAGCUCUGGAAGCGCGUUCCCCAACACUCCUCAGGCUACUAUUGCAUCAAACUCGCCCUUCAACCACACCCUUGUCCACAACAUUGCGAGGUCAGACGGCUCCACGGCCAGCCCAACAUGUAUUACACCUCUGGGCACUACCGGUGAAUCCUUUGUUGUCUCGUACUCUGAUGCCGCUAUUAUCGUCUAUGAUACACGAACUGGUGAACAAAUCGGCACAAUGGAUAGCUCGGAGACAUAUGACCAGACGAUCAAGACCAGUGUCAACGCUGUUGUGGCGACGACACUCGGUCUUGACCAGACCAACCAGAACCAUAGCGGCGAGGAAGAUGCUGCUUCAGGAGCGACUGGCGGUGGAAGGUCAAUGGCUGGUUCAGGCGUAGAGGGUACUAUCAUUUCUGGCCACGAAGAUCGCUUCAUCCGGUUCUUCGAUGCCAACAGCGGUCAAUGUACAUACAAUAUGAUUGCCCACCCCGAUGCCAUCGCCAGCUUAUCUCUUAGCCCCGACGGACGUGAACUCGUCAGUGCCGGCCACGAUGCCUCGCUCCGCUUCUGGAGUCUCGAGAAGAGAACGUGCACACAAGAAGUGACAAGUCACCGAGUGAUGCGCGGCGAGGGCAUCUGCGCCUGUGUAUGGAGUCAGGACGGAAAAUGGGUUGUCAGCGCUGGCGGCGACGGCGUGGUCAAGGUAUUUGCACGAUAA